AUGACUGUUGAAAAAGUAGAUAAACCUCAUCCAGUGAAGAAGAGAUCAAGAAAUGGGUGUUUAAGUUGUAAAAAGCUAAGAAUAAAAUGUAAUGAAGCUAAACCAAGUUGUGAAUAUUGUGUUCAUACAAGUAGAGAAUGUAUAUAUCCAAUUCCCAAGCCUACAAAAUCAAAACAAAAAUUGAAAUCCUUAUAUAAUCAAUCACUGAAGAUAGAGCUACUAGAUGACUCGGCUUCGACAUCUGCCUCCACAAGUAAUGUAUCAACUCCAGCAUCAUAUGAUCCAGCAUCUGUUUUAUUUGGACCUCAUUCACCUUUUGUUCUUCAUACCGGGGAUCAAAAUGAAUUUUUAUCUUAUCAUAGAUCAAAAAGUAGUCCAACUCCGGUUGAUGAUUUAACAAGAACAUUAAUGUUGAAUCAGUCGUCUCAAAUGUUAGGAAUUCUGAAAUUUGAAUUGAGGUUAUUAAAAUUUUUUGACUCUGAAUGUAUUCAAUUAUUUAGUUAUGGGGUAAAUGAAGGUAUAUAUAAUGCAUGGAAAUAUAAAGUCCCUAGUCUUUUUCUAGAAAGUGAUUUGGUGAGACAACUGAUUUUUGCAUUUAGUGCUAUUGGAUUAAGUGCUACUUUAGAUUUAGAAAUCGUUCAAAGUGAAGAUAAUGGAAGAAUUACAAAUUUUGAAACUUCAAAAAAAUGGGAUCAUAACUUAAGUUUGGAAUCAAAGACUAAUCUUUAUUUAAAAACCACUUCAGGCUUUUUGAGAACUUUAAAAAAAGCUAGUGAGAAAAUAAAUGAACUACAUAAAGUUUCUGGAGGUUUCCAAGAUCCAACGGUUGCAAAAGAAUUAGUUGUUUCAAGUAUAUUGAUUUUUUCAUUUUUAGGAGUUCAACCUCAUAAAUUGAUCAAACUUAUAAGUUUCAAUAGAGAAGAGGAAGAAACAGAUAUGAUACAAAUAUCAAGUGGUACAAGAGAUACUGUGUUAAACUGUGCAGCUACGAUUUUAAAAUCAGAUAUGGCUGGAUUGUUAUUCUUCAAAUCUGAAGAAUUGAGAAGUAGUCCUAGUGCAAAAGAUUGCGGUUAUCCAAUAAUUAAUUAUUUAAUGAAUGAUAUGUAUUCCUAUAUUGAUCUGUUGGAAUUAAGUCUUGAAUCAUCACAAUUUGAAGAAAUUUUUGGAACAAAUAUUGAUUAUUUGACAAAAUCUCUUUAUGGAAGUCAUUAUUAUAAAUUUCCAAUACCAAUUUUCAGAUUUCUAAUGGUAAUAACUGAGAAUUUUAAAAAAUUGCUUUAUAGUAAGAAUCAAUUUGCAUUAAAAAUAUUAUUUGUUUAUGCUAGUAUUGCUUCAAUUGCAAGGUUUCAAAUGUAUAAUGAACAAAAUAUAUGGAGAGAAUAUCUUAUAUGGUACAAGGAAGAAUAUGGCUUAAGUAGUGAAAUGGAAAAAUGUUUGUAUUACUUAGUUGUCCAGAAACAUUUCAUGUCUAUAGAUUUUGAAAAUUUCCCAUUUUUUGAUCCAAUCGAAGAAUAUAAGAAGCAGAUAAAUACAUUGAAUUUGAUAUUAGGUUAA